GCUCUCUCUGUUGUUGACCAGUGGGACAGAAACUGUGAGACAGAAACUGUGGGACAGAAACUGUGGGACAGAAACUGUGGGACAGAAACUGUGGGCCUGACAUGGUUGUUUAGAAGAGGAGAGACUGGAUCACUGAAUUUACUCCAGACCUUCUCCUCAUGGACCUGUAUGAGCUCAGCGGAGGCAGACUGGGUGUGAUUGCAGAGGAGGCUGAGCACCACGAGUCGCCGUCCUCCACCAUGAAUCGGCCGACCAGAGACGUCUCCAGCUUUCAGAGGUUCUCUGUCGGCACCAAUGAGUCCCUUGAGUUUCAGCCCUGCGAGGGCAGCACUCCUUCUACCACUGGAGCAGACGAUGGACUGGAUGAUGAUGAUGUGUUCAAGGAGGGAGAUACUGAGAGAGAAAUCGACAAAACCAGGAAUCUUUUGCAAGGAAAAGUUGCUGAGAUGGAGAACUUUGCAGGUCAUCUGGAGGAGAUCUUUCUGACUGUGGAGGAGAAUUUUGGCCGCCAGGAGCAAAACUUGGAGCAGCACUACAACGACGUGCUGCAGACGCUGUCGCAGCGAUACGACGAGAGGGCGGCUACACUGGAGGAGGAGAAGAAGAGCAAACUGGAGGCUCUGUACAAUCAGCUGCUGUCCUGUGGUCAAGCACUGGACGCCUCCAAGGAGCUCAUCGAGACGGCGCAGGAGAUCUACCGCAGCCAGGACAAGAGGCUUUUUCUUAAGGCAGUCACGCCCGCCAUUCAAAGAAUCGAGGAGUUUGCCAAAGAGGAGACUGACCUGACGCUGUCGACGAGUCUGGAGUUCAACACGCCGCCGCCAGAUCUGUCAGAAGUGAAGACCAUGAUGGACUCCAUCAAUGUUGUCCCAGCUCCGUCUGCGCCCGUCAUCAACCCCCAGAUGCCCAACUCUGCCUCUCAGACGUCCCUGCGUGUUUGCUGGAGCUUAUUCUCCGACGACACUGUGGAGUAUUACGAGCUUUACUACCGACCAGUGCUGGAGGACACGCUGGCAGACAGCACCUGUACACCAUAUGUAAGCAAGGUAAAAGUGAAGGAGACCCACUGCACUGUGACAGAUCUUCUGCCCAACGCUCAGUACGAGCUGUGGGUGACUGCCACCAACACAACAGGGAUCAGCCCAGCCAGCGAGAAGGCCUUAUACAUGACAGUGCCUUCGCCUCCAAUGAUUAAGCAGCGGGAGUGUAGUAGUUGUCCGGAAGCUGCAAUGAUCCGCUGGGAGUCAGGAAACGCCAACCCUGUCGAUUCGUACACCGUGGAGCUGAGCAAGAUGGGAACUGAUGGCACAGAGAGUGGCGUCACAGAGUCGAUCGUCGCCGUUCCCGCCUGUCAGUGUCUGAUCCAGCUGCAGCCUGGACGCCGUUACCUCAUCUCUGUGAGGGCGGUGAACAUCGGCGGCCCGAGCGACAGGAGCGACGUCAUCACUGUCUCCACAAUAGGGACUUUCUUCCACCUCCUGGAGGACACUGCUCAUCCCUGCUUGUCCAUCUCUGAAGACGGCUUCACCAUGUUUUAUGGAGACGAGGAGCUGCCGAUCAGUGCCAUGGCCUUCGACGACAGCACCUUCACCAGGUGUGUCGCUGUCCUGGGAGACCUGAUCGCAGUGCGGUGCAGACAUUACUGGGAAGUUGAGGUGGACGAUGGGACCGAGUUCAGGAUUGGAGUCGCAUUCGAGGACGCGGAGAGGAACUCGUACCUGGGAGCCAACAGCAGCUCCUGGUGUAUGAGACACAUUCUCACUCCAACCAGGCACAAAUAUGAGUUCCUACACAACGGUUGGAGUCCUGACUUGAGGAUUACGGUGAACCCGUUGCGGAUCGGAGUGGCUCUGGACUACGAGAGGGGGACUCUGUCCUUCUUUAACGUUGAUCUGGAACAACACCUGCACACCUUCUUCCACUGUCACUUCCAAAAUUACGUCUACCCUUGUUUUAGCCUGGACAACACAGGAGCGCUAACUGUGCACAACAGCAUCGAGGCUCCAGAGUACGCGUUCAUCUGACACCAGCAGUCACACCUAGUAUUAACAUGAAAUAAAAGCACAUUUAUCUAGAAAAAACAUCCAUAUCUUUAUUAACUUGAACAUCUGGAUUUGUUAAUUUGUCU